UUCAUGUCGUUUACCAGUUUGGUUGUGUGAUUUUAUGAUGGAAUUAAACAUGGAUUUAAUUAUAAAGUUUUUGUUACUGGGAGUUCUAUCGGUGGCUGGUCAAGAUUUCAAUCAGGACGCUAUGAUGGAAGUAUUUGGGGUACCGCCGCCAUUACCGGGCACCAACGACACAUGUAUGCUACAAAGUGGUGGUGAAGGACGAUGUAUGCCGCGUCAUUUAUGUGAUGAUACAACUUUAAACAAAACUACUACAGUUCGAGUACAUCAAGAGUGUCAGUUUAUUCUGGAUAAAUGCUGUCCUAUUAUCAAAGAAGAUAAAACCCCCGAUUUAGAUUACGCCUAUGAUGAGGUUGACUUGAGUUGCGGUAAGCAUAAUUCAAAUGGGAUAUCGAUGCGUAUCUUGAACAAAGAUAAUAGUGAAACGAAGUUUGGCGAAUUUCCCUGGAUAGUCGCAGUCCUUAUGAAAGAGCAACGAAAACAUGGUAAAUUUAAAAUCACCUACAAGGGCGCCGGUUCCAUCAUACACCCAGAAGUAGUCUUGACCGCCGCCCACAUCACUGGCAGUGCCAUGAGGGUUAGAGCUGGUGAAUGGGAUUCAAGUACCAACGAUGAGCAGUUCGUCCAUGAGGAUGUUGAUGUUGGGGAGAUUGUGGUGCAUGAGCGAUAUACACCGCAAAGGAAGAACAUGCACUACGAUAUAGCUUUGCUCAUCCUAUUAUGGCCCCUAACACUGUCACACCACGUUGGAGUUGUCUGUUUGCCCCCUCCGGGGACAGCAAGGACCCCCGCAGAAACGAGAUGCUUGGCCGCUGGCUGGGGAAAGGACACGUUUGGGAAAUAUCAAAAUGAAUUAAAAAAGGUUGAGUUACCAGUGGUAGAUCGAAGAUCUUGUAAAUCUUUACUGCGACAGACACGUCUGGGACGUCAUUUCAAACUUCAUCAGAGUUUUAUGUGCGCUGGAGGCGAAGAGGGCAGAGAUACUUGUAAAGGAGACGGGGGAGCACCUCUUGUUUGUCCGAUGCCGGAUGAAAAUGACCGAUACGUGCAAAAUGGUAUUGUAUCAUGGGGCAUCGGUUGUGGUGAAAAAGAUGUACCAUCCGUCUACACUGAUGUCACCUUUCUUCGGCCAUGGAUAGAUGCUCAGAUGAAAGCUCGAAACUUUGUAACUUCUUUUUAUACCUAUUAGACUAGUAUACUCGCCUCUAACGCCUACGUCACCGAUUACGCCAGACUGAUGCGAGACGCAGUAUGCAUUCUGUCCCGCUCUAACGAGCGUUGACCGCACCUAUAGUACGUCAUCUUGUGUUAUGUUUACUUCGUUACGGAAUUUCUUGAUUCGCAGCGCUCAAAGCCCGCGAUAAAAUCUAUUAUAUCUAUACAAUGGCUUAGUUCAAUUGACUUUCAGAGCUAACAAACAAACGCACAAACUGCCUAACAAUUUGCGAUUGAGUGCGUCAUCGAUUGUACCGAGGAUACUCUUACUACUACCUCACAAUUUGCUUAAAAGUACCUUCAGAAGUCAGUAUCAGCCUGGCCGAGGCACUGCAAAAGCGUGGCAGUCCCAAUAGCAUCUGAAAAGGGUUAUUAUAUAGGAGUAACAUUUAAAAAGGGUGCUGAAUGUAUAAUUGCUUUGUAUUCAAACAAUAAAUCUGUUAAUACGCCCACAGAGGUUUUAUUUUAAUUUAUUUAAUCAGGUUAGGAAUUUUCGUCAAAGUGCUUUCACUCAUACUACGAAAUGUAAGCAAGUUAUGUACCUAUGUAUUUAAUGUUUAUAACUCGCGUUAACCAAAGAGGAUAUUGAAAAGUUAAAUAUUAAUGAAUAUCUAAUAACUAUGUUUUUUAUAACUUUUAUGGUACAAAAAAUACAUAUAGACAAAUUGUUGACGAAGAUUGCGUUAAUAAAAGUGAUAUAACUAAUUAAUUUUAAUAAAACUGAUGUUAUAUUAAUUCAUUCUACUUAUUAUGUUAUAUUAAUGUAAAUUUUAUAAAUAAGUGUAAUAAAUUGUUAAAUAAUUCUUAUAAAUAAAUAACUCUUAACUAACACAAGCCUGUCUAUCUAUCUAUAUAACUAAAGUUCUUGCGUGAAGUGAGCAACGCAAGUGUUCUCCAAGAACUCCGGUUCUUAGUACCUAGGAGAGAUGAGAGAUGGCAAUGUUGUUUGAGAAUUAGUCUACACAGGUCCCGUUAACAAAGACGUUGCUUUAUGUUCGCAGAGUUUACAGUGGCGAUG